AUGGUACAGCUCAAGCAAACUGAGAAGAAGCCAAGACUUCAGCACUCCAAUCUCACCAAUUCAGCCUUAACUCCCAAGGAAAAGCAAUGCGAACAGCAAAAAAGAUGGCUUGCCAAUGAGAAACGCAAUCCACACAGUGCUCAAGAGAUGAAGGAACAGAACACCGCCAACAAAUGGGCAUGGCGAAAAUGCAAGAGAGAGGAAAUGCAGAGCAAACAGCACAUGCCUGACACAAACUCCCAAGGCCACGCCCCUCAAAAGCGGCCUCAGACCUCAUCUCCUGAAGCGCCUUCAGGUCAUGUGGGCCCAUCCAUCUCAGAACCCGACACCAUCCCCAUCGGCCCCAUCCUCCUGGCACAGGAGACCCUCACAACCAUUGUGACGCCCUGCCAAAUGUGUGACAUCGCCGUCAUGACAGACACGCCCAGCCCUCCCGUCAAUUGUUCCUCCAUUCCAGAUGACCAAGCAUACCCCUCACCCACCUUGUCUGCAGUCACCGACCUAGAGUUCCGCGAUCUGGCAAAUCCUAUCAUUGGCUCCCAAGUCCAUGAACAAUCAGAUACCGUUCAAUGGGACGAUGGAUCUACCACUGUGCUUCCCUGCAUCAUGAAGAACGGCAUAAAGAUAUGCAAAGAAGACGCCCUUGCAGUAUCGUUUUUUGCUUCACUCCCAGAAUUGCUUCCCAUGACCUCAAAAAAUAUAUCUGCAGCGCUUCGCAUCAACAAAGCCGUUGUCAUUCAGCAAGUGAGCACACCCAAGCCUGCAACGCUUGAUUUAGAAUACCUGGAAGAUCAUGGAAUGUCAGACCUCAUGUGUGUCAUACUACAUGGAUUUACAUAUCCCCACCAGAACGCAACACUUGCAGAAUUCAUACCCGUCAUAUCUGAGUACUCUCGACAGUGGCAUUACCAAUGGAUGGAAUCAAACUGUCAUAUCCCGUAUUCCGGACCUACGUCCGAUGAUGUUCCCAUGCCUUCCGGACACCUUCUGCAUGCACAUCCGGACCUCCAUACCCUUAUCCAUGCCUUCAGUCCUCCAGUCCACUAUCGGUUUGGAUCCGUACACCUUCGUACAUCCAUAUAUCCAUACCUUCGGACCUCCGCAGCUAAGGCUGCUUCAUCCACCCUUAGUCCUAUCGGAUCUGAGCUCAUUCCAUCUUGGACUCUACCUUCCCUAGACUAUCGGUCUAUAUCCAUGAUCCAUAUCCUAGUCUCAUCUUCACCUAGAUCUCCGGAUCCGCUCAUCCGAUAUCCAGACGCCUUAUCCGAUAUCUCUAGACCUCCGGAUCUGACCUAUACUCAUAUCCGAAGCCCAAACCUUAAAUCAGCGUCUAUCUCCUUAUGGUAA